AUGGAUAGGGUUACAGUUAUGAACUACUGUUUAGGACUCCUGGGUUUGUUACUACUGCAGGGAGUGCUAAAUGUGGAGGGAAGGAGCAUAUUUAACACAGGAAACCAUGUGUUUAAUCCCAAAGAAGACACAGAUGCCCAGAGCAAGAUUCUAGGGCUGCUGCUACACAAAAGCUUAAUUCCUGUUGAAAGGGACGAUCCUCUAGGUCUUGAGCUGGCUAAUAAAUUAGCUGAAUUAGAGGAGCUGCAGGCACUGAGGGAGGACCUGGAACUGGAGAGGGAGAUCACAGCCAAUUUAGCAGAAGGCAAACCCGUAACUCGAAAGAGGGGUGAACCUUGCUUCUGGAAGUACUGUGUGUGA